GAAAAACAUUAAACCGAAAGUCCGGAUUAAGUUUGAAAAGUUGAAGAACAAAUAAUAUUUGACAGCAAAGCUUGGUUUCGUUGUUUGUCAUGUACGAACUAACAUUAAACUCGGGACAUCAGAUGCCAGCUUUGGUAUUGGGAUUCGGGAAUGUACCACCAGAAAAAGUCCGUACAACUGUCCGCGCUGCAAUCAAAUGUGGAUACCGACAUAUAGACAGUGCUUGGAUGUAUGGAAAUGAGAAAGAAAUCGGAGAUACUUUGCAAAAAAUAUAUAAAGAAGGAAAAGUAAAAAGAGAAGAAAUGUUUAUAACAAGCAAGCUGUGGGCACAAUUCAAUGACCCAAAAGAUGUGAGAAAGGGCUUUAUGGGAAGCUUAAACAACUUGCAAACCGAAUACUUGGAUUUAUUCUUGAUUCACCUCCCAUGUGCUUUGCCGAAAGCAGACGUUCCGCUUCCUCAAGACAAGAACGGAGCUUAUCUUUACAACAACGUCGUUCAUUAUGUUGAUACUUGGAAGGAAAUCGAAAAAUUACAAAAGGAAGGUUUAGCUCGAAGCAUCGGGAUUUCUAAUUUCAACGAAUACCAGAUAAACCGAAUACUGAAAGAUUGCUCGAUUAAACCUGCUGUUCAUCAGAUUGAAUCUCAUCCUUACUUAGCUGAUGUGAAACAUAUAGAAUUCUGCAAAGGAAAUGGAAUUGCUGUGGUGGCAUACGCAGCGCUGGGGUCCAGAACAAGAUACUGGGCUACCGACAACGACCCGGUUGUUCUUGAGGAUCCCGUUUUGAAAUCAAUUGCAGAAAAACGAGGGAAAUCUGUCGCUCAAAUAGCAAUAAGAUUUCAAAUACAAAGGGGAGUAGGAGCUGUUGCAAAAAGUGUGAAUCCCGAGCGAAUAAAAAGCAAUUUUCAAGUUCACGACUUCGCAUUGACCGAAGAUGAAAUGAAGCUGAUUUAUACUUUGGACAAGAAAUGGAGAAUGUUCGACUUGGAAGGGUUUCUUGGAGGUCACAAAUACUGGGCACAUCAAGAGAAUUAUUCUGAAGAUUGAAACCAGAUAAAUAAGCAAUUUAGUUCAACAUUGAAAUGAAGAGC